GCCCCAUACUGCAACGAAGAUCGUCGCUGAACACUCUGCCUUUCCCUGCAUCCAACAUCAUUGCACCGCCGCUGGGACGAAUCGUCGCCGAUUCCGUGUCGCACGAGGCACAGUAUCCACCUCCAAAUGGGGCAAUGACAUACCUCGUGUGAUACGUUGUGCGAUAUUAGAAAGGGCAUAGGAUGCGUAUAUGCAGACCGUGCUCGCCUGGAGGCCUGAAAAGGAUCUAUUGAUUUGCGUGCCAGCCACCAACAGAAACAUAUUUAUCUCGAGCUUCAUCGCACGAAUAACGCCUAUAACGAUUUCGCGAUCCAUCACAUCUAUAUCAUUUCCGAUAAAGUCUCAAUACAUAUCCCGGCGCCACUUUGACUCCUAUACAACCAGUUGACCGACUUCCAUCACGAUGCUUCUCUCAACAAUCCUCUUCAACGCUUUCGCGACUCUUACAUCAGCGCUCCCAACGACCCUCUCAGAACGAGCUGGCGGCCCAUCAACAAAGCCUAUACCGGACACAUGCAAACUGAGCGAUCCGCACGAGCAAACUGCCUCUGCGCCUUCUGAUUUCAUCCCGGCACCCUCCGUCAAAUCUGUUGAGCUGUACGCCGCAUACUACCCCUCACCCUCUUCCAACACAACACAAAUGGCGCAACAAUGUCUCGAACAAUGCUAUGGUUAUGGCACUAGCAUCGAAUGCAAGGGCGCAUUCUGGGCCGAAAAUAUGGUCGUGCCGCCAGGAUACUACGGUAGCCCGGGUGGCCAACUAGAGACGGCGUGUGUCUUUUAUACGAGGGCAUUGACGGAGGCGGAUUUCGAAGAGGCACCUGAGGGACAAGGUACGGGUGCCUAUGCGCGGAACAUCGCCUGUUAGGAAGGAUGUUGCAUGGUUCGAGGAAUUUACAUCAUAGGCUGUCGCGGUGGAAGCGGGUUGGAAAGCAUGGGAAGGCGACGGCACGCAUUGCGCAAUCGAACGUUCUUAGGAACAGAUGGAUGAGUGUGACAUGGUCGCGGAGCGGAGGGGUAAUGUAUGACGAAGACAAUGUGGGAACGCCGUCGAUGAUGUCGGGCAACGAGUAAUGACUAUUCGAGCGAUUAGCGACUUGUAUUUGGAG